GAGAGGGUCAUGUUAAUGAAAAUUAAAUGGUAUUGGUCCUGUUGGGGAACAAGAACAACAUUGUCUUUCUCUUCCCUUUCUCCUCUCAUUGAAGUUCCUUCUUCCACUUCUCUUCCCCUUCAGAAAAAAAACCAACACACUUCAAAUCCGUUCUUAGAGCUCACAAUUUCUCACUGAAAAACAAGAAUCACCAUUACCCUUCAUUACCCUUCUGUUCCAAAACUUCAGAUCUCAAACCUAUAGUUCCUCUUAUAUAUUAUCUCUAUGCAAAAUGAAUAUGUCAGAUAUAAUAUCUUGUUUCAACGAGAACGCAGUGAAUGUGUCACACUCUUCAUGUUCUAGCUACUCAAACAACGCUUGCAUAUCUCCAACUAGUGUCACACCUUCAUCUCAAAAUUCAGUGUCUUCUGUCUACAAAACCACCCUCUCAAACCAAAAGCAGCUUCUGAUCACAGUCACGUGGUGCAAGAGCCACUCCAACCAAGGACUCACCAUAACCUUCGGCGAAGAGAACAACAACCCUUUGGCACCAUCUUUCAGACUCAACACCAAUUCACGCUUUUUCAGGAAAAAGAAAGGAAGCAAAGUGUUGGAAUCCGAAGACUCAAAAGUUGAAGUCUUCUGGGAUCUUUCAAAGGCCAAGUAUGGCACUGGCCCUGAACCUGUUGAAGGGUUUUACGUGGCGAUUCUCGUUGAUGCAGAAAUAGGCCUUGCUCUUGGUGAAGAUGUGACCAAGAAGUUCAAAACAAAGACCCUUUUGGGAAAUGUUUCGCUGUUAUCACGGCGUGAGCAUUGCUCCGGUAACGCGGUCUACGCCACCAAGGCUCAGUUUUGUGACACUGGAACUCGGCAUGACAUUUUGAUCAGAUGCAGUGGCGAGAAUGAAGGACUCAAGGCUCCUGCUUUGUCUGUUUGCAUCGAUAAGAAGACGGUGAUUCGUGUGAAGAGGCUGCAGUGGAAUUUCAGGGGAAACCACACGAUUUUCGUCGAUGGGUUGCUUGUGGAUUUGCUUUGGGAUGUUCAUAACUGGUUUUUCAAUCCUGCUUCUGGGUAUGCUGUGUUCAUGUUCAGGACCAGGAGUGGCUUGGAUAGCAGAUUGUGGUUAGAGGAGAAGAUUGCACAGAAAGAUAAAGAUAGAGUUGAAUUCUCCUUGUUGAUCUAUGCCUGUAAGAACACAUGAGGGGACCCAUUCUUCGUAUCAGAUCAGAGAAAACCGUUGCGGUUAAUGUGUUGCACGUUGCUCAGCACACGCUCCUCACACACUAGCAAAGCUUAUAAAAUCAAAUCAAAUCAGAGCACAAUUUGACAAUAUUUUUCUGGAAAACAUUUAUAUAUUUGUAUUACUAAUACCGAAUGACAUUUGACAUUUUAGUGCUGGUUCAGUAAUGUUCUCUGCAUUGCCCAACACCCAUUCACCCGAUAUUGGCACAACUUGUAAUAUUAAAUCAGAACAAUUUGUUUUUUGGAAAUUAUGUACUGGCUU